CCGGGAUGGGGCGAGAGGUUGCGGCGGACGCCAGCAUCUCCCCGCCGGGGGCCCCGGGGGCCGCGGAGCCGCCGCCGCCGCUGAUGCCGCCGCUGCUGAGACCCGGCGGGCGAUGGGAUGAAGAUGAGACGCUACAAGCUCUUUCUCAUGUUCUGUAUGGCCGGCCUGUGCCUCAUCUCCUUCCUGCACUUCUUUAAGACCCUGUCCUAUGUCACCUUCCCCCGAGAACUGGCCUCCCUCAGCCCUAACCUGGUGUCCAGCUUCUUCUGGAACAAUGCCCCGGUCACGCCCCAGGCCAGCCCCGAGCCAGGCAGCCCCGACCUGCUGCGUAACCCGCUCUAUUCCCACUCGCCCCUGCUCCAGCCGCUGUCGCCAAGCAAGGCCACGGAGGAAAUCCACCGGAUGGACUUUGUGCUGCCCGAGGACACCACCGAGUACUUCCUCCGCACCAAAGCCGGGGGCGUCUGCUUCAAGCCAGGUACCAAGAUGCUGGAGAAGCCGCCAUCAGGGCGGCCAGAGGAGAAGGCAGAGGCGGGCGAAGGCGCGUCGGCGCGGGGCCCGGGCCGGCAGCUGCUGAGCACCCGGGAGCGGCCGGGGGGGCGCGGCGCGCGGCGCAAGUGGGUGGAGUGCGUGUGCCUCCCGGGCUGGCACGGGCCGAGCUGCGGCGUGCCCACCGUGGUGCAGUACUCCAACCUGCCCACCAAGGAGCGCCUGGUGCCCCGGGAGGUGCCGCGGCGGGUCAUCAACGCCAUCAACAUCAACCAUGAGUUCGACCUGCUGGACGUGCGCUUCCACGAGCUGGGCGACGUGGUGGACGCCUUCGUGGUGUGCGAGUCCAACUUCACGGCCUACGGGGAGCCGCGGCCGCUCAAGUUCCGCGAGAUGCUGACCAACGGCACCUUCGAGUACAUCCGGCACAAGGUGCUCUACGUCUUCCUGGACCACUUCCCGCUGGGCGGGCGGCAGGACGGCUGGAUCGCCGACGACUACCUGCGCACCUUCCUGACGCAGGACGGCGUGUCGCGGCUGCGCAACCUGCGGCCCGACGACGUCUUCAUCAUCGACGACGCCGACGAGAUCCCCGCUCGCGACGGCGUGCUCUUCCUCAAGCUCUACGAUGGCUGGACGGAGCCCUUCGCCUUCCACAUGCGCAAGUCACUGUACGGCUUCUUCUGGAAGCAGCCGGGCACCCUGGAGGUGGUGUCGGGCUGCACGGUGGGCAUGCUGCAGACGGUAUACGGGCUGGACGGCAUCCGCCUGCGCCGCCGCCAGUACUACACCAUGCCCAACUUCCGCCAGUACGAGAACCACACGGGCCACAUCCUGGUGCAGUGGUCGCUGGGCAGCCCCCUGCACUUCGCCGGCUGGCACUGCUCCUGGUGCUUCACGCCCGAGGGCAUCUACUUCAAGCUGGUGUCCGCCCAGAACGGCGACUUCCCCCGCUGGGGUGACUACGAGGAUAAGCGGGACCUCAAUUACAUCCGGAGCUUGAUCCGCACGGGGGGCUGGUUCGACGGCACGCAGCAGGAGUACCCGCCGGCCGACCCCGGCGAACACAUGUAUGCCCCUAAGUACCUGCUCAAGAACUACGACCAGUUCCGCUACCUGCUGGACAACCCCUACCAGGAGCCCAAGAGCACAGCAGACGGUGGGCGGUGGAGCAAGGGUCCGGAGGGAAGGCCACCCGCCAGGAGCAAAUUGGACGUGGUUGAAGGCUAAGGCUGCAUGAUCUUAUAGGGCCAGUGGCCGGGGUAGGGGGGUUGGGCAGCUGCCCCCCUGUUACCUUCAUGUCUCCUUCCGCCGUCUGGGUGGCUCUUAAGAGAACCAGGAGUGGAUAGGUGGGGGAGUCUUUCCUACUCAAGCCCUUGUGAAUUCAGGGUCAGGCCUGUGAGCUCAGAAAACAUCCUUCCUCGUCAGGAGAGGAGAGCAGGCCCUUUCACCCCUCCAAGAGUGCUGCAGCCAGGAGGUGCCAACGGAGAGUGCACGGUGGUUACUGGGGAGCAGGGGAGGGUGGGGAAGGGAGCCUGCAGGAACUCCCUAGGGCAGCCAAGUGGGAGCUACGGUCCCCUCUGGGGAGAAGCCCACCAUUCGGCCUCCUGGGGCUUUGGACCUGCAGUGGGAAAGGGGGAUGCCGGGAGAUUCCAGGGCUCUGUAAAUAGAUGCAUUUGGGCCCAGGAGGAAGAAGGGACACCAAGGUGGGAGGGGAUGAAAAGUGGCAGCUGGAAGGAAGCCCCGAUGGAUGCUUUGUAGUGUCCUCAGGAGUGCUGGGCCAGAGCGAGCAGGGACCUCCACCCGCCUGCCCCACAGGACACACUGCGCAGAUGGCCCUGUGCCCCCAGCCCCUCCGGACCUGACACAGGUGUGGGGCCUGGGGAAGCCUGGGAAGUCUUCCUUUUGGUUCCAAACCUGGCCUUGACAUUCCUUCUUACUUCUGAUAUCGCUGUCUUGUGGGCUGCCCACCCAGUGCUUGCAAGACCAGGAGUCCAGUUCUCAGGGUGGGACGGGACCGUUAGGCAGCCUAGUAAGUCAGACCUGGGGGAGGGGCCUCCUCCUCCCCAUCACCCCUUCCCACUGGAUCCCACGGCCCCAGCUCUCCACCGUCUCAGGUGGAGUCACCCAUGUGCCCCUCCUUGGGGCUGGCUAGGGGCCAGGAAGGGGCCAUGAGGCUGCCCUGGGCCCAAGAGGGACAUUAAGGCCAGCUGUGUGUCAUCUCAUUCCUUAGUUGCCUCGUGGGGGAGGGGAUGUAUUUGUUAGAGUAGAUUCUAAGCUGCUAUAAUUAAGAGACCCCCAAAUACAGUGGUUUAAGCAGACAGAAGCUGGUUUCUAACUUAACUCUCUAGAGGGAGGUUGUCUGGAUCUGGUAGGGCAACUCUGCUUUCCUUCCUCACACUUUCCAAUUCUGGGUAGAGUGGUUGCUCGAGCUCCCACCAUCACAUGUGCAUCCAUGUCUGAGGGAAGCAGAAAAAGGCAUGGAAGUGCACACCCUUCCUGUUAAGAACAUGAGCCAGAGAUGGCACAGUCACUUCCGAUGGCGUCUCACUGGCCAGGACUUAGUCACAUGGCCACAAGUAGCUGCAAGGGAAGCGGGAAAAGUAGUUUUCAGCUGGGCUGCCCUGUUCAUUUAUUAAAGGAAGGAGGAGGAGAGGAUGGAUAUGGGCACAAGGAGCAUCUCUGGCACAGGGAGAGGAGGGGAGAGGGUAGAAAUGACUGCUGCAGCUGUAGAUCCUGCUCGCAUGUUCAGGGCUCCUGAAACCUGCCCCUGCCCCCCUCACUGCCAGCCCAGGGCCGGGGUGCAGUGAGAGCCUGCCGCUGUGGGCUGGGAGAGACGCCCCCUCCCCGAGGCCCCCUCAGAUGUUUACCCAGUGAUGCCGGGUCGCAGAGCCUGCCUGUGGAACCGUACGUGUUUGUGUGUGUGUGUGUGUGUGUGUGUGUGUGUAUUUAUGGGCAUGGGUGCAUGCUUGCUGUAUACUUGUACGUGACUGUGUCGGUGUGUCCCUGUACAUAUAUGCUUGUGUGUGGAUGUGGAAGCAGGGCCCGGGCCACCCUUUCCGAGACCUGGAGCCUGUGGCCACACCUCCUGCAACUUCCCAAAAUGACUGAGGCAGAAAGCAAGCUGGGGAGUCCGGAAAGCCAGGCUAAAGGGGAUGUUGGGUCUGUCUGUCUGUCUGUCUUUCAGUCCAAGGAAUGAGAAUCCUCCCGACCAGAGUUCUGUAGGGCUGAGAGCCCACCACGACCCCCCGGCCCCUUCCCUCCACCCCAGCCCCUCCAGCCUCCAGCCGGGACUUUCUUGGGGUGUCUUAUUGGGGGUUUCCUGAUGCGCCGGGAGAGGAGGGCGUCUCCUUUGCCACAGCUCUGCCUGGGGAGGCGCCCAGCGUGGGUGUGGCUCGGGGAGCUGGCCGCGGAGCAGCCUCAGGCGAGCGGGCGUGAAGCAGGUGUGGGGGUCUCUGUUGCCCCCACUGUCCCUCCCGUCGAGGGGGUGUCCCAAGGGAACCCUUCCCUUGGAGGUAGAGCAGCCCCCUUCUCUCUGGCCCCUCUUGGGGCUAAGGGGCUCAAGAGGUCAGGGUGUCCCUGUGGCUCUGGGUCACCCAGGCCAGGGUGACCUGGCCUCACCUCCCAGCCACCUCUGCUCCCCGCCGGGCGGGCGGUCCCUGGGGGCUUCUGACUCGUGCCUGAGCCCCAGCCCAGGGCCCCCCUCCUUGACAGCUUCCUCACCCCACGCCCCUGGCACCCUCUGCUGCUGCAGGGAUGCCUCCUCCAGGCUGUCAGGGGUCGCUGGCCUCCAGUUCACCAGCUCAGGGGCAGGGGACGGCAGAGGGGAAGAGCUCAGACCUGCCAGGCCCCACCUUCCCUCUCAGACCCAGGAGGGCCAGGCGCGUUCAUGGUCACCGCCAAGUGGAGGCCUGGCCAUGGAGUGGAGCGCACGGCUGCCAGCGGGCUGUGGGGGCCAAGGCAUGGGGUUGAAGAGUUUCACUUAUAGGCACGUCAGACACUGGGAAUUUCGGGGGCAGGGGAGCCCUGGGCCACUCCCCCAGUAUGAAGGGAAACCAAGCUGUGAACGUGAGCACCCUGCACUGCUGGCCCUGGCGCCGCAGCCAGCUUUCUUCCUCUGGGAACCACCCGCCCUGUGGCCUCCAGACCCAAGGAGGCCCAGCACACCUCGGAUCAUGUUGGUUCCCAUGGGCAGGCGUGGAAGAGCUUUGGGGACAAAGGUGACAGGGUGGGGAGACGGGACUUGCCCAAGCAGCGGGCAGAGUCCUGGGAAAUGUGUAAUUUAAGGACACCAAUAAUAAUAAUAGUAUUUUUUUUGUAAGGGAAAAUCAAUAUGUACAUUCUGAAAUCAUUUUCUCUGUAAAUGGUUGGAUUUCAUUUCACCCUUAAAGGGAUGCUUAAAGGAGAAGAUAAUAUUAAUAAUAAA